CAUACUUUCCUUUCGUUAGGAUGUUUUGCCUCCCUUUGACGUCCCAUUUGCAUCGGAUAACCUGUUUUAAUCCUCUCUCUCUCUCUCUUUUUUUCCUUUUUCACACUCUGCCCUGUGUUAUGUUUCAGUUUGGGAUGUUACAAAUGGAGUACAAAACUAGGCUGAAACUUGCCACGGAAUUCCUCGUUUCAGGUUGUUACCGAGUACGAAGAGCCGGUCAUCAUGAGGUUCGGACACGUACGGAAAAAUGUCUCCAGAGGGCCCGGUGAGUGGUUCACCCGAAGCCUCGGGGUGCAUUGAGCUCAAUUCUCACAAUUACAGGUUGUCCUCAACUUAAAACACCACCGAGCCCAAAAUUUCUCUUUGUAAAGCAAGAAAGUUGGUAAGUGAAUUUUGAGCCAUUUUACAACCUCUCCGGCCACGGUUGUGAAGUGGUUGGUUUGUUUUGUGGGGUUGAUGUGGAGGCUUAGGUAUUUAUUUUGAUGGCAAUUGUCAUUUCUUUUCCCAAAGGGGUUUAUUUCAUUCUGCCCUUCACAGACAGUCUUACCAAAGUCGACAUGAGGACAAAAGCACUUGAAUUGCCAUUCCAGGAAAUUUUUACUAAGGACCCCCUGAUCAUUGAUGUGGACGGUGUGGUCUACUACCGAGUCCGAGAUGCCUUUCUUGCCGCGACCAAGAUCUCCGACGCGGAUGCAGCCACCAGCCUUCUAGCCAAAGCCAUCAUGAAGAAUACGCUGGGGACUCAAACCCUCUCCCACCUCAUCUCCGACCGGGAAAAGGUUGCCAAGGAGAUCCAGGCCCUGCUGAACAAUAUCACAGCUGACUGGGGAGUCACGAUAGAACAUGUGGAGAUCAAGAACGUGAAGACACGAGUAAAUGUUGUCCCCCCAGGGGAUGUGAUGCCACCACCGAGGGCGGCGAAAGAACUUUCCCUCUUCCUUCAGGACUCUCCCGUCUCCAUCCAACUCCGUUGCUUGAAGGCCGACAGCGCCCAUCCGAGCCCACGCCUCUCCACCAUCGUCUUUCUUUAACCCAGUUCAGCAGAAAAGGAUGGAGAAGGAAGCCCAUCGACAGGAGACGUUUCUCCAGAACUCGGGCUGCUUGGGGGAGAAACCGGGGUCCUUCAAGCUCCAAGGCCACGUUAGAAAACAGAGGGGUAGAUGGGUAUUGGUUUGUUUUUAAUGUUUUGACGUUGUUCCUGUGGUUCUCCCUCCCUCACAACCCUAAUAAAAUUUAAAGAAAGAGAUUGUCUUGGUGCCUGGUCCCCUGGGGUGGCGAGUUCAGACGUUGUGGACGUUGGAGGUGGCUCCUGGAAGGGAACAGGCUAGCCGAACGGUGGGUGUGAGAACCAUGGUUUCUUCGUGGAUGGGUAAACAGACUGGCAUGGUUUCGUACAACAGGACCGGCAACAAUCGCACGGCUUUCUUUGAAGUGCGCUGUGACUGAAGAACCU